AUGCUAUCCGCACGCGAGCAUGAGACACCAUUCAACAAGUCUCCCGUCGUACGGGCGGUAUCGAUGAUUUUAAUGGUAGUCACGGUUUUCUCCGUCUUGAUUCGCCUUCUUACUCGACUUGCUGCCGUUAAGAGACUACAUUUCUCCACAUUCUUUACUUCCGAUGAGAUAAUGAUACUCACAUCAAUGACUUUUGCAGUUGCUCAAUCGACAGUAGUCUAUUCACAGGGCUCCAAUGGAUUGGGCAAGCUUGAUGUAUCACCGUCGCAAGUGUCUUCGAUAUUGAAGAGCCAACUUGGAUCCGACGUGCUCUUCUUCAUCACUCUGGGGUUGUCCAAGCUGUCCGCCAUGACGACCAUUUGGAACAUGUCGCCUCUGUCGCACAAGAAGAUUUUGUCAAUUCAGAUUGUAAUUGGAGGUUGGGCCAUAUCCGCAGUCUUGGUGAGAAGCUUCGCCUGCUCGCUGGCGAAUCCGUGGGAUUAUCUCAAUGGACGUUGUAUUAAUAUGCUAGCUUUCUGGAUUUAUGUCGAUGCAGUGAAUAUUGCGACCGAUCUUCUCAUUACUGUAUUCACUCUUGGGAUACUGGUCCAUCUACAAAUGCCCAUGGGAACCAAAGCAAUGGUUGUGGGCGUAUUUGGAUCUCGCAUUUUAACGAUCCCUCCAACGAUAUCUCACAUAGUAUAUUAUAACCGAGCGCUGAACUCACCAACUCCCAUGUUUGACAUGUGGAUGUCGACAAUCAUCAACCAAGUGAUACAAUGCCUAGGGGUCAUGACAACGUGUAUACCCUUCUGGUGGCGCUUUCUGAAGAGUUUAGAGUCUGGUCAAAUGGGAGCAGGGGACAUCUUUGGUGCAUUGAGCAGAAGCAACAAUACCAAGAGCGGGGGAACUUCAUCUCGGGGGCAGGCCUUUGAGUUGACAGGUAGACCGAGCACGGCAAAAUUUGGUAGGACGUGGGACAUGAACGUGGCACGGCAAAAUAGCCAGGAAGCCCUUGUCGAUCCUUCUGCUGGUACAAGGAAUUAG